AUGAGCUUUCUCUUCAAGGCUGUAUUGGGGCAGCGCGUGGUGCAUCCCCCUCCGCUGGGCAGUGACAAGGGGUCACACGCGGCAGCGAAUAAUGUGCAAGACACGAAGUUGUCAGGGGCACCUGCUGCAAUGGCGGCAAGUCCAUCCGUGGCCAUCAAUGGAGACCACGGGAACAGUUCUACUAUAAAAUCAAGUUAUGAUGGCGCGGCGUCACCUUCUUCGCGUGACGGGCCAUCUGCCAACCCACUAACGUCCUCGCCGUCGCCUCGACCGAGCACGUCAACGCGGACGCUGCUUCUGCGCAUCGAGGGCUGCACGGUGGCGCAGGAUAUUCGGGACGCACAGUGCGACCUUCUGCGUAGCGCUGACCUCCCGUACGCACUCGAUGCAACGGCGCUAAAGUCGCUGCUCGAUCUGCUUGUCAGUUACGCCGAGGACGAAUCCAUUACGGAGCCCACGCUGCACCUGCUUGCCAAUGCCACAAACUUGGACUUGUACCCUGACCAAAUGGAGUCGAACCAUCGCGUCGUCGAGGUGACCGCGGCGUUAAAGCGGCGCGCACGGGAUGCACUGCUCGCGCCGCUUAUCGAUGCGGUGGGGUUGUUGCUGGACUCUAUGAAAACAACAGCGCCGUUUUGGAGCCGCUACUACGUUGUCGUGCUGCUCCAGCGGCUGGAGGAGUUUGAGCCGUACAAGCUGAAUCAGGCGCUGCUUGGGGCCCGCGGCAUCGGCGUUUUGCUUGAUGCUUUGAACGAAACCCAGCAGGAUCACCUGCUGCGUAAUCAAGCCUUGCAGCUUCUCACGUCGCUGACCUUGACCGAUGCGGAGCUACAGACCCUUCUCGCCUUUCACAACGCAUUCGACUCGCUGUUUGAUGUGAUCCAGCGCGAGGGUGGUGUUAGGCGAGGCAGAUCCAUUGUGAAGGACUGCCUAACGGUGGUGCACAACAUGCUUCGCUCAAACAAGGCAACCCAGAAGUUUUUCCGUGAAAUGGGCUGUGCUGCACGACUGGUGGCCCUGUUUGACUCCGUUCCAUCCGAGCUGGCGGCGUGCACUGUCGUCGACCACGGCCACAACGGCGCUGCCAACAGCUCUCCCUGCCUCGUUUGCCCCCCACUGACAGUGUUGACCGCGAAGCUGGAGGAAUUUCUUGACGUUACCAAGACACCCGAUACGAUGCUAAACGUACUCAUGUCCGCUUCUAUUCUCGCGUGCGUCCUGCGAGGCAUCGACGAGGACGAGGAGGAGCUGAAGUCCAUACAAGACGCCCUACUUCGAUGCGGUCUUCUGACUCCGCUUUCCCGCCUCGCAUUCAGUGGGCUGGCCAUCGACGACGCCACCCGAAUCGAGACAGUGCGGGUGUUAGCGUUGCUGCUGAACGGGUCAAAGCGGGGGGUGGAAGAGUGGCUUAACCUCCCACCCGUCACGAUUCUUGUUCGAGCAACUUUGCCAUACAGAGCGCAGGUGUGGCCUGCACCGCGCGCGCUGCUCUCAUGCAUUUGCGAGACAACCGACACAACGCUGGUCAGCGCUGGCGUGCAGCUCUUCACAGUGGUGCUGGGCGUGCCGGUCCAUCAAGAGCGCUCAGUUGGCGUGUUCCUGAGCGGGUUAGUGUCGCCGACGUCAGAGUACGGUGAUGACCCCAGCGGCGGUGUAUCAGUACAGGCGUCGUCUACGACUUCACCUCUGCGGAGUGUCAAGGGGACUAAUGCCAGCACCUCUGAUGAGGAUGCGCAGUGUGGUGUGGCGCUUGCCCGGGUGCUGCUCUCGUCGCGAACGUCGGCUGUGGAGAAGUUCUACGCUGCUCAGGUGCUGCGCGCGCUGGUUGCACUACCUGGUGCCACGCAAGUGGCCCAGAGCCUCGUGCACUCACCUGUGCCGCCCCAUCUGCAGAAGUCAACGCUGGACGACCUUGUCAAGACACAGCCAGGGUGGACGCUAUCUUCCCGCCUGCCGCCCUCCUUCUUCAACUACACUGUCACCUUCCUUAUUUUCUGUCUCAGCGGCGGUGCGGUGACACAGCAAAUGAAUACGGCAGCUCUCGGCGCCUACAGUGGGGCGCUGCUGGCCUGGAUGGGUUCCUCUCCCUUGGCGGCGACUGCGUUUGUUGAGGAAGUGUCAUGGAGCGAAACGCUGCUGCAUCAGGCCCGCCGAGACGGACCCGCCCAUCUUCGGUUGUGGUCGGCGGUGGUGAUCGCAAGUGCCUGUGUCGUGUCGAAGAAGGCAGCAGCCGCAGGUGCCGCUCCGCCAACGGCCGCGGCGGCUGCAGCGGCCCUCAUGCACCGGUUUACGCAGGUGGUAGGUGGCGGAGCGGUGCUUGACACGAUUCUCUUCGACAUGCAAGCCAGCACACCGGUGUGGCAACAUCCCGUGGCGAGCGGGCUACGGACACAGGACCCCACCCCGUACGAUGAAGCUACUGUGGCGCUGGUGGAGCAGCUUGUGGCGGAGUUCAAACAGCUCUUGGACAGCGUUGCACGGUCGGCAUCGCACGGCCCGGCUGCGAUGAUGAGGCUGCCGCCAUCAACACACUCUGAAGAGCUGCAUCCGGGUCACGCGCUGCCAGAACGCGAAGUGGCGUCGCACCCCGUUGCACCGCCACCGACGCAAGUGGGUCAGUUGCCACUGAAGCAGCCGCCUUCUGAGCUCGCUGCUGCGUCGUUGGGAAGCCUCGGACACAGCCCCAUGUCAUCCACCGACUUCCUGGUCGAGCCCCCUCCACCAGAUCGUUCUGCCGUCCCACUGCGCCAGGAAGUAAUCCCUCCUGUGUCAGAUGCGCGCACACACCAGAUGCUGGCUGCACUACAAGGGGAGCUUGAAGCCACCCGGGCGGAGAAGGCGGACCUCAUGCAUGCGCUGGAGGAGUGGCGCGAGCGAGCUGAGCAGCUCGCUGCACAGUACGCUAUCCUGGAGAACGAGCAACAGAGGCGUGUCGCCGCAGCAGCGGAAGAAGGACACAUUCAAGUCGAGGAUGCUGCUGCUUCGGCGAUGGAGGACAUGCACUCGCAAGCCGCAUGCGCUGAUAUGGUCGCUGGGCUUCGCGAGAACAUUCGGCUGCUCGAAGAGGCACUGAACUCGAAGGAAGAGGAGCAUCAGCAACUGGUGGAGUCGAUGAACAUGAUGGAGGAGCAGCUGCGGCACGCUUCCGACGCUGCGACCUCUCAGCGACAGGAGCUUCUUCAGCAGCGACAGCAACAUCAAGGGCAACGGCAUCUUCCACCGCUGGAUGUGAUCACCCAAAUGGAGGCGGAACGCAAUGCAGUGGCGCAGCAGCUGGCGCUAUCACAGGAGGAGACCGCACGACUGCAGCAAACUCUGAAGAGUGUCAGUAAAGACUACAGUGAGUUGCUGCUCCUGGUAGCCGAGCUCAACGAGGAAUGCAUGUCAGUGAGGGCUGGCUCAUCCAUGGCUCCUACGCCAGUACGACCGUGGCCUGAGAAUGCUGGCCUCAGCGUCAAAAGGGAGGUUGGGGUGCCACAAGAUCCACCCGUGUACAACACUAUCAUGAGCGACGAAGGUUUCUUCGCUAGUGCGGAGAUGCUGCCUGUGAAGGCUGCUGCACCGCAAUGCGUGGGGUGGGAGGGCACAGUGGAUUCUAUGGCGAUUGGCACGUGUAAAGCGCAAGGGCGAGAACCGGCGCCCACACCACAGGCGUUGCACCCAGUCUUGGCUGCAGAGCGACAGACAAGUGGGGAUGCAGACUGGACUCAUGGCGCGUCCGUGCACGCCAGUGAUGCGCCGCCGGAUGUCUCCAUUGACCGGCCAGACACGCGAACUCUUGCGCAUGCUGAUGCAGCCUCUUCACUGACCCAGCAGCUCUUUGUGUUGCCGGCAGCGCCAGCCGCUACGUUCCCGGCAUUGAACUCACCUGCGUUGCCGACGGAAGCAGCAUCGCCUUCGCCUCAUCCUCUGCCGCAACUAGGCGGGCAGCAGCAGCCACACGUAGGUCAGCCCCUGCUUCCUCCUGGAAGCCAUGCUUCUCCUCCACCGCCACCGCCCGCAACGGCACCUCACCAAGCGGUCUACCAGUCUGCCCUGCAAGCCCCUCGCUACACUGAUCCCUCCAUCACCGUGUUGGGUGAGGGCGGCGCUUCUGGCGGAGCGGGGCCGCAACAACAUUCCGUCGUGAGCACCGACGGUGAGUAUUGCUCGCCUCAGCUAACUGCGUUGUCUCAUCCACCACCACUGCUGGGGCUUCAGCAUGCUGUGCUUGCCAAUGAGUCACCGCAGAAUGCUGACCCCGCGGAGAUAUACCACGAAGUAGAACUGGCAGACUGUACAGUGCAUCACUCUACGAAAGGGGUACUACUCUCGGCCUCACAAAGCUUUCAGGAAACGGCAGCGAGGGACACCACGUCAGCAGUCGAAGGUAAUGCCCCUAGCAUUUCAGCUUCGUACCAUUCUGCGCAGCUGAGUGGAGAGGAUGCACCGCCUGUUGCGGUGAUCGCCGCCAACUCGACUGUUUUGAAUUCUCCCUUGGCCGGCACCGGAAGCGCAGUAGACAACGUGGUUGGGAUGGACAGUGGCGAAGGUGCGCUAUGCGGAAGCGGUGCAAACGUUGGGACGGGCGUAGGGGAAACCGGGAAUCGCAAUGCAGGUCGUUGGGCAACGAGGGAGCUCUUUUCGGUGACCAACGCAUUCGCGCAGCCCCCAGCCGCCGCUGCACUGAACGGCAGCGCCGCAAGCACGAGUGAGGCAUUCUGUCCGGGUGUACGAGAGACGGAGUCUUUCGAAGACAACAAACGAAUCAGUGGUCCUACAACGACCUACAACCCGUUUGCAGACCUCAACACCAGCGACGACGACGCAGAGGGCGGUUUCCGUGACCUGCGUUAG